AUGGCAGACCAGUAUUGCAGCAGCGCUGCUGAGGAGGAAGACUACAUGGCUGCCGAGGCCGAGAAAGACGCUGAAGGAAACUUGGACGGCGCUGUGGACACGGAGGAGUUGAAGGGGGUGAAGGAGGAGAUCGUUGAGGAAAAGGCCGAAGAAUCCGAGGAAGGCGAAGGAGAGGCCGAAGAGACUGAGCGUUGGGAUGAGGAGGUUGGUGAGCACGACAGUGAAGCUAUUGACAAGUCGCAGGAUCUGAAAGAGGCUGUAGAGUUUCGGGAUCGCGAGAAGGUCGCUGAUGCAGAUGCCGGAGAAGACUGCGUGGAAGGAGAAGCCGCUGAAAACUGGGAAUGA